AUGUAUGAUAAAGGUUGGGUGCGUCUUAACAGAGUUGAUCCUGAGUAUGAGAUUGGAGCAUCAAAAUUUGUAGAAGCCGUCAUAAAAAACUUAGGAAAUCCUGAGAUGAUCUUAUGUCCUUGCAUAGAUUGUCGUAAUGUUGAUCAUCAAUCCGGUAAUAUUGUUGUCGAACAUUUAGUAACAAGAGGAAUGGACAUCAAAUACAAACAAAGAAAUGAUUGGUAUGAGCAUGGAGAGCAAAUGACUAGUGGAGAGAGAGUAGAUGAAAUAGUCAAUAAUGAGGCAUUCAAUUUAUAUAAAGCUACCCACUAUCUGGAGGAAGACUAUGUGAAGUCUGGUGAGUUUGUUAACGAAGACUACAAUGAGCCUAUGGAAGGCAAACCUGAUGAUAGUUUUAUGGCAAACCUUAAAGAUGCAGAAACUCCUUUGUAUUCUAAUGGCUCACGAUACAAUAAAUUAUCGGCCAUUGUAACUUUAUUCCGACUUAAAACUCAUAGUGGAUGGUCAGAUACAAGUUUUAAUGAACUUCUUGGUGUAUUAGCAGACUUGCUUCCAGAGGAUAAUGUACUUCCAAAGUCAUUGUAUUUAAUGAAAAAAUUUCUUAAGGAGUUUGGAAUGGGGUAUGAAAAAAUUCAUGCUUGUUCGAACGAUUGCUGCCUAUUUCGAAACGAGUACAAGGACAUGGAAAAUUGUCCCAAGUGUGGUGAUUCAAGAUGGAAGAUAAAUAAGAGGACCAAAGUGAUAAAAAAAGGUGUCCCGGUUAAAGUUUUAAGAUAUUUUCCUAUAAUUCCGAGAUUUAAAAGAAUGUUCAGGUCUGAAAAGAUGGCUGAAGAUUUGAGAUGGCACUUUAGCAAUAAAAGUACCGAUGGAAAAAUGCACCAUCCAGUUGAUUUAUUCACUUGA